CUGGAGGCAGUUCCUAAAAGGACAAAUAAGCCUUCCACCUACUGGUUGCUUCCAGAGCCAGCCAGACAUAAGGAAGGAGUAAUACGGUUUGAGGAAUACAUCUGCAACAAUGGAAAGAGCUGGAGAAAUUGUGCAAAGUGUUACCUCAGGGCACUUUGUCUUAAGAAAACAGCAGUUCCAGGAAGUUCCCCAUCCAAAUGAAGACAACCAGAAUUUUGCCUGUUCAGGACAGUCCAGUAUUAGACAACACAAAAUCCAGGAAUGUCCCUUCCAUCAUGACCCUAAUUCAUCCAGCACUGGUCCUGCAGGACAGCAGAAUCAAAGACAUCAAUCCAAAGGACAGGAAAUUCCCCUCCAUGUUGGAGACAGGCAGAACACUGGUUCUUCAGGACAGAAUCCUGCUUCUACAGGACAGCAGGACAGGAAACAGCAACACAAAUUUCAGAAAGUUCCCCACACAUCUGGCCAACAGGAGGACACUCCUUCAUCUAGUAUGAACCCUUACGCUGCCCUAGUGGACUGCCUGAGAGCUACCUGGCUAACAGGAAAGACGCGCCCUAUGGAAUAUCGGAGGACCCAGCUGGAGGCACUGGGCCGCUUUCUGGAGGAGAACGAAACAGAAAUCUUGCAUGCCUUGUGUGUAGACAUGCGCAGGCCUCCUUUUGAAGGACAAAUCGCCGAUAUUUCCUUGGUUAAGAAUGAAGUGAACCAUGCACUCAACAACCUGAGCUGUUGGAUGAAGGAUGAGAGUGUGGACAAGAAUUUGGCCACCAAGCUUGACUGUGCCUUUGUUCGCAAGGACCCCUAUGGCGUGGUGCUCAUCAUUUCACCCUUCAACUAUCCUUUUCAACUCACCGUGGUCCCUAUGGUGGGGGCCAUUGCAGCUGGGAACUGCGUGAUUGUGAAACCUUCAGAGCAAAGCAGCUGCAGUGAAAAGCUCCUGGCUGAAGUACUGCCUACCUACCUUGACCCAGAUACCUUUGCUGUGGUGACAGGUGGCCCUGAACAAACUACCAAAUUACUGGAGAACAAGUUUGAUUACAUCAUGUUUACAGGGAGUCCCCCUAUUGGAAAGAUUGUCAUGACUGCAGCAGCCAAACACCUGACGCCGUUGACUCUGGAGCUGGGAGGCCAAAAUCCCUGCUAUGUGGAUUGCUGCUGCAAUUUCCAGAAUGCAGCCAACAGAAUAGUAUGGGCAAAGUUCUUCAAUACUGGACAGACCUGCAUUGCACCAGACUAUGUGAUUUGUACCAUUGAAACACAAGAGAGGUUGAUGCCAUGCCUGCGUCAGGCUAUCCGUGAGUUUUAUGGCUGCAGCCCUCGAGACUCACCUGACUACGGCCGCAUGAUCAAUGACAAGCAUUUCCGGCGCGUCUGUGCACUCCUGGACUGUGGCCGAGUAGCCAUUGGUGGAGAAACAGAUGAAUGUGACCGUUAUAUUGCUCCCACAGUGCUGGCUGAUGUGAAGGAAUGGGAGCCAGUCAUGCAGCAGGAAGUCUUUGGGCCUAUCUUGCCUAUUUUCACUGUGAGGGACUUGGAUGAAGCCAUCCAAUAUAUCAACAGCAAGGAACGCCCGCUGGCUAUCUAUGCCUUCUCUUGUGACAGCAAGAUUGUGAACCGGGUAUUGGAUUGCACCAGCAGUGGUGGCUUCUGUGGCAAUGACUGCAUAAUGCAUGUAACUUUGGUCUCCCUACCAUUUGGUGGAAUCGGAUACAGUGGGUUUGGCCAGUACCAUGGCAAGUACGGCUUCGACACUUUCACUCACCAGCGUGGCUGCCUCUCUCGCUGCAUGGGCUUCGAAGCAAUCAACUCCAUACGCUACCCACCCUACAGCCAACGCAAGUUGGACCUGCUGGUCUCUGCAACAGAAGUGAGACGCAGGGGCUUUUGCACCCUGCUGUGAACUCCCUCAACAGUAGAGGCCUUCUCAUCAAAGCUGCUAUGAUUUCCUGGAUGCAGGAUAUGAGAAAAGAGUUGGAAAUUGAGCAAUGGGACAGAAUAUGGAAAACUGCAAAAUUUAUGAGAGCCAUUUCCUAUAAAGAAAAUAUCUAUAAAAUGUUCCAUAGAUGGUACUGGUCCCCAGAUAAAAUCACAAAAUGUUAUUCACAAACAUCCAACAAAUGUUGGAAAUGUAAAUCUAACAUGGGGACCUUUUACCACAUGUGGUGAAAAUGCAGUAAAAUGCAAAAGUUUUGGAAAAUGGUACAUAAUAUUAUUUUUGAAAUACUAAAUCUAGAUGUCCUGUUAGCACCUGAAAUUUAUCUAUUAAAUAUAAUCCCAAAAGGUUACGACAAGCAAGAUGUAUAUAUCGUAACAGCUGCGAGAAUAUUAGUGGCUAAAAAUUGGAAAAAGGAUAAAACACCCUCGAAAGAGGACCUAAUAAAAAAACUUCUUGAGUUAGCGCAAUUGGAUAAUUUGAGUUUAAUACUGCAGGAUAAAGACCAAAAAAUACAGGAUAAAAGAUGGUUAAGGGUUUAUAACUGGAUAAAACAUGUUAAGUUAUGAUAUGAAAAGGAAAAGAGAAAAUAGCAAUUAUUGGAUAUAAGACAUGUAAUUGGACGCAAUGACUCUAAAAAUUUGUGUAAUCUGAGAUAAUGAAAUGUUUGUAAUU